AUGAGUGAGCAUCCCAAGGAACGCGAAACAAGAGCACGUUUUGUUGAGGAACCGACAGCUAGACUUGGAGGAAAAACCAACAAAGUUCUCAGAAGCGCCUUGAAGAACCGUGGCAAGAAAGCACUGGGAGAAAGCGAGCAGGAAGAAGUUGAAUCGUCACCACUUUUGACUUCAACCCCUCCUACAGUAUCAAAAGCACUAGUGAGACUAUACCCUUAUCUAAUUAUCACCGACAAGGUUUUGAGCAUAAUAACAUGGACCAAUGAUGAUAUAUGGCCAAGUGUGCUGGUGGUCGUGGGAUACAUCACGUCUGUUUUGUACUUCCAAAACAUCUUGAAAUACUUCGGUCAUCUGGUGUUGGUGGGAAUACUAGGAUGCUAUUCACUCUUGGAUAUGUUUGUGGAGGAAUCAAUCAAAGAUCGCCCCACUCUCGAUGACAUUGUCCACAUCAUCACAUGCGUUAAUGCAAAGGCCGAUUUGUUACUGUCACCGAUUGCUGUGCUGACUGGGAAUGAUGUGAAAAGGCUUCUGUUUACUACUAUUUUUCUCUCACCGCUAUAUGUGAUCAUUACACUAUUCAUCUUUCCUCCCCGUCGCCUCUUGCUCUUCGGAGGCGUUUACUUGUUAACGUAUCAUUCAGCAUGGUCUAGAGUGAGCCGGAAACUGUUAUGGAAAUUCAAGCUUGUUAGGCUUUUAGUGUUUUACAUCACCGGCCUUGACCUAAGUGGUGUCAACAAAAACCAAGGCAUUUUCGCGGCUGUACAAAGCAAGGUUAAGAAGAUGUCGUCAACAAGAGGAAUUUCUGAAGAGGGCAAGCCUAUUAGGUUCACGUAUGUUCUUUAUGAGAAUCAGCGCAAGUGGUUAGGUAUUGGUUGGACCUCAAACAUGUUGAGCUACGAAAGAGCACCAUGGAGCGAUGAGUUCAUAAACGAAGCACCAUCGCCGGAAAACUUCAGACUGCCAGAAGAGAACAUGGGGAUGACAUGGAGGUGGGUUGAUAGGACAUGGAGACUUGAUUUAACCAAUGACGGUGCCAUUCAAUUACCAAGCUCGCGCCCUAAAACAUCGGCACAACCCAACUCCGAUGAAGGGUUCAUCUACUACGACAAUACCUGGAAAAAGCCUUCCACCGAGGACUCCUUCUCAAAGUAUACGAGGCGCAGAAGGUGGAUACGCACGGCAGAACUUCUGAGAGGCGACGUACUCGACGUGGGCGGUAUCAUGUCUUCAGCUAGCGCCGUGGACCCAACACCUCAAAACGUGACCGUUGCAGGCGACACAGCAAAGCCAGAAGGGACGGAACCGCCUUCGACCAUACUCGAAAACGUCAAAGAGCUGGAGUCGUUCAGGCGAAAGGUGUCAUUCAAUGACACCGAGGACGUACAUAUCAUACCGUCAGACGAGAAGACCCGUGCCCCCCAGCUCGCUGUGACAGACGAGGACGAGGAGAACGAAGCUGAAGGCGAGGCCAGUGGUAUUACUGAGCGCUCCAGCGCUCGCGACUUAAACGUUGAUCCUCCUCCAACAAGCCCGCCUGGCGCGGCUGUCGAGACUAAAAAACAUGUGUAG